UCACUGUUGACAUCAAAGUUGUGUGAUGUUACUGUAGUUGUGCUUUUUGUUUGUAUUCAUCUGCAGUUCUGAUUUUGCACUUACUCCUUUUGCUUUCAAUUUGUUGCAGGAAUCAUUUCAAUUUGUUGCAGCUUUCUGCCAGUAAUAUGGCAUCAUGUGUGUAUCUUAAUUUAUUGAUGGAUCAUCUGCCAAUUUUCAUUUCUUCCUCUGAUCCUAAUCUACCUUUUGUUAUAAUAUGAGCUGUGUGCAUAUUUAACAGACAGGGAGAUAUAACACACAGUUGUCUGAUGCCUUUGCCUAUGUGAAACCAGUCUGUGUCUCUAUGUUUUACCCUAAUAGUAGCUUCUUUUAGGUUCUGCAUCAGGGCAAGCAAGUGCUGAGGCAUACCUAUUCUUUUGAGAACCAUCCAGAGCUUCUUGUGGUCAACACAGUUAAAUGUCUAUAGACUGAUUUUCUUCUGAAUUUUUGGUACCUUCUAGUAGCCAACAUAGAUAAACAGGAGUCUCCAAAUGGGGCUUGAAAGAUUGUACCAGUGGGGAGAUGGUAUUUGUGACUGGGACUAAUGACCAUCUAGGUUGAUGUACUUUCAUAACACACUUUGUGUAGAUUUUCAGAGAAUUCAAAAUCCUUCCUAUUAUUAACAGUCCUCCCUUGUGGUAGCUACAGGUUUUGAGGGCCUUGGGAAAGACGCUCUUAAUGCCUCUCUCCCUCACUCAGUGUAACUACCUUCUUUCUGCCAUUUUUACCAGCUUCUGUGUACUUCAUCCUUUUUCUCACUAUUGCUAAUGCUUGCUUGACCAGUACAAAGAACCAGCAAGCAAGGAUGCUGUGGUUCCUACUGCUUUUUCUCACCACCUCCAUUUUCUGGGCCAGAGCAAGAAGCACCUGAACAAGCAGGUUGCAAAGGUGAGGUGGGAGGAACAAAUCUGGGAGGCUCUUGUCUGUGAGCCUCACUGGCAUGUGUGCCCUCACAGGCCCAGCUUCACCACCUGUUGGUUCCAGCCCUUGUCUCUUCCUAAGCACAAUAAAAUAACUUACCUGGGAAAUACAUCAUAUGUCUUUUUUUACAUUUGAGAAGAUGUUCUGGGAGAAGCUGUACAACAUCUUCCCUUUUACUGAAUAUCAUCAGUCAACAGCUAGCUCAAAUCACUGUAAGGUGACUGCAUGAGGAAUUAUUGAAGACAUCAGAUUUGCCCUCAAUGGAGUCUCUUCUUCUUUUCCUUCAGCAGAUGUAUGAUGACAUGCUGAUAGAUGUCCCAUUAGAAAAAGAUAGUCACAGUUGUGCAGCUCUCCUAAACCUUCCUCUUUUACUGGAAUACUGCUCAGCACCAGACAACAGAUCUUGUGGGAUGUGUUUAAAUUCUGUUAAGUUUGAUACUCAAAACUCUUCUGCUCAAGAUUCUGUAGUCUUCAAGAUGGAUAAUGAGCCCAAUAUUUGUCAAAAACUGAGCAAAUCAAAGUGCCAUGUAUGGGAAAUUGUGUUGCUCCAGCUAACCUUAAUCAAGAUGAUGUUUGCCAAAGUGCAGUCCCAAGUGGCGAGAGCUGAAAUAAAACAGAAAUAUCUAGAGAUAAUUCAAACUCUCUUGAAAGAAGAAAAUGUUGACUCAAAAUUAAUCUGUCUGUUACAUAGUUCUGAUAAACAGCUCUCUUACAUGGCUUCCAAAACUUUGGUCUCCCUUGUGCAUUUUCAGUUAAAAGAAGAGAGUUCACUGAAUAGUGCCUGGGUUACUUUUUAUUUAAAGGCUUUGUCGGGAUUUCCCAGUAACAGAUGGAUAGCAGAAUGCCUGUGGACUCUUACUUACAUGAUGAGAGAAAUUUUGAAAGAUGAAGGCUUAUGCAAAGGAGGUGACUUGAAGAAGUUUCUCACUCCACUUGACAGUGUGUUUGAAAGCUUUUACACCCGCUUUAUGACGUUUUACUCUGAAAGUCCCCAAGAUAGUUCAAUAUCUGAAAAAGCCAUAAAUGACUUGAGUAGCUUUCUGGACCUCCUUGAAAUACUUGUGACCUCCAGAAGUCAAGCACCUCCAAACUUUGUCUGCCAAAGAAUGGUAUUUUUGAAUCCUGCUUGUGUCUUGAGUCUUUCUACCUUGCCUGUUCAUGAUUUAAUCAAGAAGAAAUCCAUCAUGCUGCUUAAAAAAUGCAUUCUUCACAAAGCUUGCGAAGACCUAGUAAACAAGGUUUCCCCUUCCUUCCACCAGGACUCUCAUUUUGACAAAGACAGAUCAGCACUUGCUGGUAUUAUUCUCCAGUUCGUGAAUUCUGGGUGGCUGACUAGGUUGUCUGUAAGUCAAACGGCUAGCCACUUUGGUGGCAGUCAUGUUAAGCCUGAACUGGUUAUCUGCCACAGUCCUGAUCAAGUGACCCUAAGAGACGUAAGCUUGCUUCUGCUUAAGGCUUUAGAGAUUAAGAUACAGGAUUCUGUCUCUGAAACCGAAGCCCAAGCUCAUUUGGAGAGUGUUAUGGGUAAAUUGCUCACUUUCUUAAAAAGCUCUCUGAGAUGGUCUCCCUCUAUUUGCCCAUUUGAACAUCCUUGCAUGUGGCUUUCUGUGCUGUUUAUAGAACAAGAUGAUGACAUGUUGGAUGCUGCAAAUUCAUUACUAACAAUUCAUUUAAAGUUUGAGAGGUUCUGGCGUGAAGCUGGCUCUAUUUCAUACUGUUCAGAGGAAGGAAUCCGAGACAGUGUGACACAUCAGACUGGCUGCAAUCCACAUUGCAUCUUUUUGUUUCUGCUAAGUAGUAUUGCCUUUGACACCACAGUUCUUCUGGAUUUCUUAAUUUCAUCUGAGACCUGCUUCCUGGAGUAUUUUGUAAGAUACUUGAAACUUCUAGUAGAAGACUGGCAGCAUUUUGUGAACAUUUCUAAAUGUUUCAAGCCUGCAUCCAGCAGAGAGCUCAGCAUUUCUGUGGAGAAGUUGUCUUCCUCUGUGAAAAGUGUCAGCCACUCAGACUUGAGUUUUCAGAGCACCUCAUCUGUUCCCCAAACCUAUAAUGUGGCACUUUUGACUCCUUCUCUGAACAUUUCUUCACCACUGCAUGUUGACAAUCAAUCUGUAAAACCAAGCAAGUCUAACUGUUCACAAGAGUCUGAUAACACAGGUUCACUGGGGACUCUUCAAAAGCUGGUUGAUUAUGAAAGCUCAGAUUCUGAUGUAGAAGGCAUAGGGGAGGAAUGUUUCGGAGACAUGAAGCAAACAUCUUUACAUAAUAAAAUCUGUACAGGUGAAACUGUCCGUAUGGAUCCGGUUUACCUAACAGAAAACUCAAAGCAAAAUACAUUGCCUCUGGAUUUGAAUGCUUCACCCUUUCACUGCAAGAUAUCCCCAAAUAACGCUGAGUUGGUAGAAGGAGUGUUUCAGAGAUCACUGAAGUGUUUCCAACAGCUGCAAAAAUCAAUUUCUAGGCUACAUGAAAGAAACCUCUUUCCAUACAACCCAGGGCCACUCCUGAAGCUCUUGACUAGAAUCAACACAAUUAGUAAAUAACGCAGAACUGCUUCAAAGCAGUCAGUCUGGGUACAUGUUCGUUCCCCAAUUAGCAUUGUCAGCCUUUGAAAUAAUGUGUCCUGAAAUUGUACCAAAAACUGUGGUGAAAGGGAUUCGCCUGUCUAUUGUUCAAAAGCUGUCUAACUGGCUGCAAAAAACUUCUUGUAACUACAAAUCCAUAGAGGUGUUUUAAAUGUGAAAGAGUUUGCCCUAAAGAUAGUCUUGCCUCUGGUAUGUAUACUUGGGGCUUUUAAGGGUUGUUUUUCCGUAAUGGUUGUUUUAAGUAAAGCCUUGUGUUUCUGGGUAAA